AUGAGGUCACCCCUCUGCUGGCUCCUCCCACUUCUCAUUUUGGCCUCCGUGGCCCAAGGCCAGUCGACAAGACGAGGGAGACCUGGCCCUGCACGUGGACGCAGGCCCCGGCCCCCGCCCACGCCCAGCUUCCCUCAGCCGCAUGAGCCAGCCGAGCCCACAGACCUGCCUCCCCCGCUCCCCCCAGGCCCUCCCUCUGUCUUCCCCGACUGUCCCCGGGAGUGUUACUGCCCCCCUGACUUCCCAUCUGCCCUCUACUGUGACAGCCGCAACCUGCGCAAGGUGCCCGUCAUCCCGCCGCGCAUCCACUACCUCUACCUACAGAACAACUUCAUCUCCGAGCUCCCGGUGGAGUCCUUCCGGAACGCCACGGGCCUGAGGUGGGUCAACCUGGACAACAACCGCAUCCGCAAGGUGGAGCAGAGGGUGCUGCAGCAGCUGCCCAGCCUGGCCUUCCUGUACCUGGAGAAGAACCAGCUGGAGGAGGUGCCGGCGGCGCUGCCACAGAGCCUGGAGCAGCUGCGGCUGAGCCAGAACCAGAUCUCCAGGAUCCCGCCAGGCGUCUUCAGCAAGCUGGAGAACCUGCUGCUCCUGGACCUGCAGCACAACAGGCUGAGCGACGGCGUCUUCAAGCCCGACACCUUCCAGGGCCUCAAGAACCUCAUGCAGCUCAACCUGGCCCACAACAUCCUGCGCAAGAUGCCCCCCAAGGUGCCCCCAGCCAUCCACCAGCUCUACCUGGACAGCAACAACAUCGAGACCAUCCCCAACGGCUACUUCAAGGGCUUCCCCAACCUGGCCUUCAUCCGGCUGAACUACAACAAGCUGUCGGACAGGGGCCUCCCCAAGAACUCCUUCAACAUUUCCAACCUGCUGGUGCUCCACCUGUCGCACAACAAGAUCAGCAACGUGCCCGCCAUCAACAACAGGCUGGAGCACUUGUACCUCAACAACAACAGCAUCGAGAAAAUCAACGGGACCCAGAUCUGCCCCAACAACCUGGUCACCUUCCACGACUUCUCCUCAGACCUGGAGAACGUGCCACACUUGCGCUAUCUGCGGCUGGACGGGAACUACCUGAAGCCGCCCAUCCCGCUGGACCUCAUGAUGUGCUUCCGUCUCCUGCAGUCCGUGGUCAUCUAG